UCGGCUAAGUGACUUGAGUAACAUUGUUUGCAUGGUUAGUUCAAAUGUACGAGAAACCAUCACUAGAAUGGAGCAAGACCAUAAUAGUCCUUUUUGUCAACUAGAUCCUCCAAGACACCCAUCUUUAAAAAAACCAUGGACAAAUUACUGGAGAUUCAAUUGCAUAAAAAAGUGUAGUGCACCAAUAAAAGAUCAUGCUCACACAGUUGAUUGCGAAAUUUUAGUACUUGAACAUGUUGGUACAUCUACUUCAACAAAAAGUAAUAAUAUUUUUGAGAGUGAAUUUCCGGCUUACAUAAUGCGGACCGUAGAGGUGUUUCAACAAUUUGCUGACGAGGCAUCCAGAGACACAUCUUUACAUGCAUAUCAUGAUGGUGACGUCAACUCUGUCAAAGAAAGACCAACGUGGACUUAUAUUAAAAUAAGAAGUAAUUACAAAAGUGAAUUACAAUUAACAGUUUGUGGUAAGGCUAUUAGACCACUAAUACCCCACAUGAAAAGAUUUUUUAAUCAUGGGCCAGGUAGGGCAUGUAAUGUUGUAUCAUUGUACUGCUUAAAUUUAAAGUGGUCACAGAAGAAAACAAGUAUGCCCCCAACAUUUUUGAGUGGCUGCUUGGAAUUAAGAGAUAAAGUUGGCCCAAUAACAAUGAAAUAUACUCCAAAAACGAAUAUCAAUUUCAAUUCCAUAGAGGCAAUACAAUUGGGAUUACUCAUGACUGAGUUCCUACAACUUUGUAAUGAAACCACAUUGAUCGAUAUAGGAUGCAAUUUUGGUGCACUGAGCCUUAUGUUGUCUCAUAAAUGUGAUAAGGUUAUUGGGCUGAAUACAUUGCAACACGACAUUGAUGCAGCUGAAGAACUAAAAUCCUUGAAUGGUAUUUAUAACGCAACAUUCAUUACUUGUCAGCCUAAAGACGUUCAGACCAAAUGUAUGCCAUUAGUGAAAAAAUGCAGAAGUGUUGCAAUGAUGCAUCUAGCAACUCCAUACGGGAAAAAUUCUUUGGUGUACAGAGCUCUAAGAGCAUUACCUACAGUUUGGAGUGUUGUCAUAUAUGGAACAUUUUCGAGAGACUUUUACAAACUUAUUACUACAUUAAUAUGUACCGAUGAUGACAUGGGCCAAGGAUUUUUGCCAAAGAGAGGCUGUGUUAUUGACAAAUCUCCAUCCUUGAAAGAUGCCUUUGACAUUGCUGUUUUAUUUGAAAGACCAUCUCUCAUUGAAAAGACAGUUCAGUAUAUUCAAACUACUGGUUCAACAUGCAAUGUCAACAAAGAGGACCGGAAAUUCAUUAAAAAUGAGGAAUUUGAAGUUAAUGCGCAUAAUAGUUCCGACAGAAGUGCUGUACCAAAUAAUUGCCGAGCCCGUGACCGUCUGUCAUUGCCAACUGAAAGAUCCGAUGGUUCAUUUUGGUCAAAAGAUAACGGCUCAAUCGGGCCAAAAAUGGAAAAGUCAUCUGGUAGUCGACCUCCUCCACCUUCAAGAAGAUCAAGGUAUGACUCGGCGUCAAAUGCUACUACUUCGUCAUCAUGGCAAAAAAGACCAGAAUUUGACUUUUUGGAGGGAACAAUGCCACUUAAGCCGAAAACAGAACGAUUUGAUCAAAAAGUUGAAAAAGAAAAGUUGUCACUUUUGAAGCCUAAAACAGAGCUAUUUGAUAAGGAAAAAUCUAGAAGGACUCAUGAGGAGAGCGCACCCUUGCCUAGUGCUCAAUCAACAAUCAACCCGUCACAAAUUAAAAAGGAAAAAGAAUGGUCUGCUGAUCAGUUGGCUCGACUGUACAAUCAACCAGUGACUGUAAAGCAAGAAAAAGACCCUUACUAUCCACCACUACCCACAGAACCGUCUGUUGAACACGGAAGACAUCACCCACAUUUAUCGAGACAACCGACUGCGAAGCAGGACAAAAAUCCGUACCGUUUGCCAGUACCAACGGAACAACCACGUGUUAAACAGGAAAGAGAGUAUCCAGAUCUAUCGAGAAAACCGGCUAUAAAGCAAGAAAAAGACCCUUACAGUCCACCGUUGCAAAAACAAAACGUCUCUGUAGAUAGUGUGCGAGUAAAACUAGAGCCACGCUCACCUAGAAGAGAGGACGAGCUCAGCUCGAACGACGCAAGUCCUGCGCUGCUAUCCAACAUAAAAAAUGAAACCAUGGAUCUUGAUUCGAGUUAUGUUAGUAUCAAGAGUGAGACUGUUUCCGUGGAAAGCAACACGCCGAUUGAUAUAUCAGGUGUCGUAAUCAAGAGCGAGCCCGUCGACUUUGACGACAUAGAACCAUGUAUAAUGCAGCCUCCAAAAGUAGUGCCGAUUGUAGCCAAUGACAAACUGACCUCUGACGAAUUUCAGAACAUGAAAACGCCAGUCCACGUACCCGCGGCCUUUUCUCCCAUCCGUUGGUCUUCACCGUCACCUGCAACAGUUAGCUUCAGAAGUGUGGAUGGCUCUGAGUUUUCAAUGAAGUCGAACCAGUCCUUUUUAGCUGCCAAACAACACGAGGCUCAUCCCAACGUCACAGUCAAACGGGAAAAAAUCAUAGUAAAAGAAGAACCAGUAGAUGGAUCACGCAGUCGUAGCAACAGCAGGUCGAUAACAACAGUAAGUGAAGCCCAGGGUGACGAUGACAACGGGGUAAAUAAAGAAAAUCAAAAGAGAGAUCUGAGGGAAAGGCUGAAGUACAUGACAGAUAAUCAAAGAAAACGCUCGGAGGAUGACUUGCGCAAUUUAAUCGAGCGACACAAGAAAGUGCAGAAGUCACCCUCGCCUCACAGCGUGCGUCGUCGUUCGCCGAGCCACUCGAGAGCUUCGUCGUCGGUGCACUACCGCAGACGCUCGCCCUCGCCUUCCCCGAAGCACAAUAGGCGCUUGUCACCAAGUCCUGUGAGGUACAGACGCUCACCGUCGCCGACCUCGAGAUUCGGAGGCUCAGGACACCCCAAGUAUCGGUCAUCCUCGUCGUCGUCAUCGUAUUCCAGAUCAUCAGUGACAUCAAGCAAGAGGUACAGAAACGACUCGCCACAAGAAAGGGACGAGAAGAGGAAGAAGAGUUCUAUACCUGACAAAGAACAUGAAAAGGAACAGAAAUAAAGCAGGAGGAUAACGGGGAAAAAGAACUGGCUAGGGAUAAAUACAAGGAGAAGGACAAAAGCAGUAAUAAGGAUAAAGAUGGAGAGAAGACGAAGAUGAGUAGACGAGCGAUCAGAGAUCCGAUGAAACGAAAAAUACUUUUAAGCACACUGUAAGACAAGUCGCAGUUAUCGAGUUUUUCAGUUAAAUUACAGCAAUUCAAAUUAAUGAGAUUUAAUGGUGCCAAGCAAUCAGCAAAAGAGCCGUUUAAAAAUAAAUCUAAAAAACUUUGUGUCAACCGGU